GCCGAUGCUUGCCAGUCUGAUCGUGCUAGUCGUUGAGGAAACAAGUUUUCAACCAUCAAGGUUUUGUACUGAUCAGCAUGCAUCGUACUGGUUUGUUUGGACUGGUGUUAAUAGCGAUCGUUGGCGUAUCACGGAGUUCCAACCCUCAGGAGUACGAUGGACGAUCAAUGUUGCAAGACUUUCGAAACCGUUUUAUGACUUACGAGCACAUUGAGAUUGAUGAAUGUCCCUUAAAGUAUCUUCGAACGGUGUACACGGAUUUCUGUCAUGUGGCUUUGAUCAAGAAGAAUGUUUCCACCUGCCUGGGAGUGUUGGUGAAUGAUUAUUAUAUUUUGUCCACGGCCUAUUGUGUACCGGAGGAUUGGAAGUCGGUUCAAGUGCAACUGCAAAACAACUUUGAUCUUCCCAUUGCUGAUCGCAUCGUCUACACUGACUACAAGGCGCUUAAUAUUAGCAGUGAAAAGACUCCGAUACUGUUGAGGAUAAAUGGGACAACCGAUUACAGACUACCUAAAGAAAACACCGCCGCUUGUCUAUGGCCAAUGGACAAUCUUAUCUCAUAUUCUAAAGUGCAGGAUGUGGCGUACGAUUCCACCCUAAAAUACCUCAUCCAAAACACAACGGUCUGUUCGGCAUCGAUGCAGGAAGUUUGCCUCAAUAAAACCUUCACACAGUGGUGUGAAAGGAAUCCAACUAGCAGUUUGUUGCAAAUACGCGAUUUGGACAAAUAUUCCAUGCAUCCUAUGGUGGUAGGGCUGUUUUGUAACGAUCAGCAGCAGCUGGUACCGGUAUCACGGUACGCUGACUGGAUUCGCGACGUUAUUGCCCGCGACCGAAUUUUAUUCGCAAUCCCAGACGCAGGACUAGGUGAAAAGUGUAUCACCAAAGAUGAUAAGGAAGGUGUUUGUCUGCGCAUUGAAGCUUGCCCGCGGAUCUUCAAACAGCUGAAAAGUACGGCCCGUCAACUAACCGCCCUGGAACAGUGCGGCUUCGAUGGAGAUCAUCCGCUGAAUUGCUGCACAACCGACGAUAUGCUGAAGGGUGAAGACAAACGCGAUAAACUUCAAAACAUUACGCACGAAGUCGAACAUUGUCACGAGCUGUACGACGUGUACAGAAGAACGACGAAGGAACAGCAGCUCCACUCGCAAUUGGCUCUGAUACGCAAUGAAGAAAACAAGGUGGAAUGUGUCGGAACGCUAAUUUCGAAGCAAUUUGUUUUGACUGCGGCCCAGUGUGUGCUACGAAUCAAACCCAAAACCAGCACCGUAAAGGUUGGAGUUAGCGCGUUUGAUGAAAAAACAGUUCAAAUACGUAACGUUGUGUCGAUCGUAGUUCACCCCAUGUUUGACCAUCAUUCUAACCACUACAACAUUGCUCUAUUAGCACUGGAAGCACCAAUCACUGUUACCGAGUACAGUGUGCCGGCUUGUAUGUGGCCGGAGAAAGAUCGUAUGCCUGCAAAGCUCAUAUCAACGGGGUACGACACGGUUUCAAACACCGUAACGGUUAACAACGUUAACCCGCUGUACUACAUCGAUUGCCGGCUGAAGUACUACUCCAACCUUACUCUGACAGAGGCAUGCGUGCUGCCUGAUAUGGAUGUUCUCCACUGUGAUGAAGAACCUUCGGCUUGUGCAGAAUCUGGGACUGGACUGUAUGGCACUGUGUAUAUGAGCUCAGACUGGCGACCGGUAAACUUCGUAGUAGGGAUCUACAGUAUCGGAGCGCAGUGCGCUCAGAGCCAACCGGCCAUAUACACUCGUGUCAGCGAGUACUACGCGUGGAUAAAGGCUCAGCUGUACUUGAUGGCACAAGAUAUGUGA